GGUUGCUGCUGUGAUGCUGUUCCUGCGGAAAUCCCUCCUCUUUUUCAAUGAGAUCAGACGGUUUUUAUGGGGUUGGCGGUGGGUCAGUGAAGAGUAGACAAGAAUUCAAAAUACACUAACUGCCAGCAAAGCGUGUUUGUUGCUUAUAUCAGGUGUAGAGCAUGUCGGAUACGGAGACAAAGCCCUCAAGUAAAGAUGCAGGAGAAAAAAAGGACGGGGAGUACAUCAAACUUAAAGUUAUCGGCCAGGACAACAGUGAAAUCCACUUCAAAGUGAAGAUGACAACGCAUCUAAAGAAGUUGAAAGAGUCCUACAGUCAGAGACAGGGUGUCCAUAUGGAUACCCUAAGGUUUCUUUUUGAAGGACAGAGAAUUGCAGACAACCAAACUCCGAAAGAGCUGGGAAUGGAAGAUGAGGAUGUCAUUGAAGUGUAUCAGGAACAGACGGGUGGACUUUGGAGCAGUUAGACUUUCUGUAUUAUCUCCUAAUUUUUUUAUUUUUAAGAAAUAUUUUGUUUCUCCAAGUAAGAAGUGUCUGAACCCAUCUGAGUCAAAGUGAUGCACCACACCAAGGCUUCUGUGACCCCCCCCCGGUCUGGUCAAAGAAGAAAGGACGGGCAGCUCCCAGCCGUCACCCCUGUGUAUGAACAGAAAUGCUCGACCAUGUGCUACAGGAAGGCUCCAGCUACAGCAGCUCCAGACCGUCUGCUUUGGCUCUUACUGAUGCCUAAUGGCAGUCAAUGAAAAAGCAUACCCCCCAGACUUACAAUGACCGACUGAGUUUUAUUUGCAAUUCAGGUAUAUUGCUUUUGAAGAUGUUCUUGUAUUUAAAUUAAGCAAGUUCUGGGUAAACUCACUCAGAGUCUUAUGUGGAAUAGCUUGGAAUUAACAGUCUAUUUGUUUGGUUCACAUUUACUUCUAAAAGCAGUUGUCUUGUUGCUGCUUUAAACCACAAUUGCCAAUCUUGAUCUUUGGAUAGGUGAUAAAUAUUGCCUCACAAUGUGGAUUUGGUCAAUUCUCUACAUAGGUACCACACUUCUCAGCUCAUUGCUUUGUUGUCUAUUCAAUUUGUUUGCCAAUCAAUUUGUUCUAAUUUAAGCAUUGUACAGAAAAGGGACAUUGAAGCUUUCAAUACAAUGAUUUCAUGAUCCAGACCUUCCGAAAUAAGGUCUGGAUCAUGAAACCAAACUGCUACUGUGUCCUGUCCUUAAUCCUUAAAUAGGCUUAAGCACUCAUAAUUGAAACACCAAUAAUGUAUCCAUGCAAGGUGGCCACUUCUAUUGUAACCAAAAUAUGUUCUUCAUAUCUUUUUCUCUGUGAUCCAGGACGCUUAUUCAUUUUGCGGUCCCACAGUAUAUUCUUUUACUGCAUCAUUACUACUAGAAAAGAAUCUCAUCAGCUUUUGAUUAGUCAGGUCUUUCCCCAUCUCUGUUGAUUCAUGGUGGUUUUGAUAUCACACUGAACUGCUAAUCCUUGUUGCCACAUUUGUGCCAACACUUGGUGAUGUCAUUGUAUCCAACUUCUCUUUUGGGAGAAUUGGUUAGAUGGUUUUAGGCUGUAGGAAUAUUUUUUUUUUUUUUUUUUUUAAAUAAAGUGUAUUUCAAAAGACAAAA